UUAUGCAUGCAAUUAAAUGCAUUCAAAUGCAAAAGAGCGUAUCUUUUCCCUUUCAGCAAUCAAUACGGUGUGGUUUCCAGCAAGGUAUGACUGAAAAGGAUUUCAUAUGGAAAACAAAGAACGAAGCUGGCAAUAUCCUUAAAUAUAAUUCUGCAGAGAAUAAGGAGAUGUCCGAUUUCAUCAUUGAAUUCGUAAAAGGUCAAUAUCCUGACGAAGUGGAGGGGGUUGUAAGAGAAGGAAUAAAGACAAAUUUUGAAUCGUUCAAAGCAAAGAAACGAAGAGAAGAGACUGGUAAACAAGAAGAACAUAACAAGAAAAUGGCUGUGUACAGCAGAUUGAAAAGAAAAUUAAACAACAGAAAAAAGGCAUUAAAAGAAAAAUCCAGUAUGCCAAAAGAACAAAAAGAAACAGUUAUGCAAAGUAUGGAGAUACAGUAUAUGUCUUCUGAACAAACCGAUUCAGAAGACGAAGGGUCGUUUAUCAUCACACUUCUGCCUUGGAGGUCUGACGAUUUUGACAAAUUAGUCAAAAAACCUAGACCAGAAACACGAAAAUAAACUGAGCAAGAGAAGCACACGGCAGAAUAAUAUUCGAAAGGUUGGGGCAGUUUCUUUAAGGAAAAAAACAGAAGUCGUGCCAGGACAUGAA